AGCGCCGGCCUGGGGUCGGGCCGAGCGGGCAAGGAGGAAGGUCCGCCGCCGCGCGCGAGCCCCGCUCCGCCGCCCGCGGGGCCAUGGCGCGGCCGUGAAGCGGACAGGGGCCGCGGCGGGGAGCGCAGCGCGCAGUGCCAGCCGGGCCCGGCCCGAGCAGCCCGCGGCCCAUGGUGCUGCCCACCUGCCCCAUGGCGGAGUUCGCGCUGCCACGGCACAGCGCGGUCAUGGAGCGCCUCCGCCGGCGCAUCGAGCUCUGCCGGCGCCACCACAGCACCUGCGAGGCCCGCUACGAGGCCGUGUCGCCCGAGCGCCUGGAGCUCGAGCGCCAGCACACCUUCGCCCUGCACCAGCGCUGCAUCCAGGCCAAGGCCAAGCGCGCCGGCAAGCACCGGCAGCAGCCGCCCGCCGCGGCCCCGGCGCCCGCCCCGGCCCCGGCGCCGCCGCCCGCCCCGGCCGCCCGCCUGGACGCCGCCGACGGCUCGGAGCUCGGCCGCCCGGCUGCGCAUCUCCACGACACGGUGAAGAGGAACCUUGACAGCGCUGCCUCCCCACAGAACGGAGACCAGCAGAACGGUUAUGGAGAUCUUUUUCCCGGGCACAAGAAGACCCGCCGGGAGGCCCCCCUGGGCGUUGCCGUCUCUGCCAAUGGACUGCCCCCCUCCUCCCCUCUGGGCCAGCCUGACAAGCCCCCUGGGGGUGAUGCUGUGCCGGCCAGCGGGAAGCACUCCAUGGGGCUGGACUCCAUCAACAAGAAGUGUUUGGCUGACACGAGCCUUCACCUGAACGGAGGCAGCAACCCCAGCGAGGCAUUUCCUCUGAGCCUGGGAAAAGAGCUGAAGCAGGAGCCUGUAGACGAUCUGCCCUGCAUGAUCUCUGGGGCCGGGGGUGCCAUAUCACAGAACAACCUCAUGCCUGACCUCAACCUCAACGAGCAGGAAUGGAAGGAGCUGAUCGAGGAGCUCAACAGGUCUGUGCCCGACGAGGACAUGAAGGACCUGUUCAAUGAGGACUUCGAGGAGAAGAAGGACCCGGAGUCUUCCACUUCUGCCACUCAGGCUGCCCUGGCCCAGGACAUCAGCAUUAAGACAGAAUUCUCGUCGGCACCCUUCGAGGAGGAAGAGCUAGGCUCUCAGCAAGUGAGGGCUGGGUCUGCAGGACAGACCUUCCUGGGGCCUUCGUCUGCCCCCAUAAGCACAGAUGCCUCCAGCCUCGGAGGCUCCCAGACUCUGUUCCACACCUCUGGGCAGCCCGGGACAGACAACCCCAGCCCAAACCUGAUGCCGGCAUCAGCCCAGGCCCAGAAUGCACAGAGGGCCCUGGCAGGCGUGGUGUUGCCUGGCCAGGGGCCAGGAGGGGCCUCGGAGCUCUCAUCUGCCCAUCAACUCCAGCAGAUCGCUGCUAAACAGAAGCGGGAACAGAUGCUCCCGAACCCGCAACAGGCCACUCAGGCUCCAGCCCCAGGCCAGAUGUCCACGUGGCCGCAGGCAGGGCCCUCCCACAGUCCUUUAGAUGUUGCUUAUCCCAUGGAAAAGCCUGCCAGCCCUCCCAGCUAUAAACAAGACUUCCCCAACCCCAAACUGCUCCUGAUGAGCAAGAGCUCCCCGCGGCCUGGAGGCCCCUACCUGCAGCCCAACCAUGUAAGCCUGCUGAGUCACCAGCCACCAAACAGCUUGAAUCAGAACUCAGUGCCUAGCCAGGGCUCAGUGCUGGACUAUGGCAACACGAAGCCCCUCUCUCACUACAAGGCAGACUGCGGGCAGGGCGGCCCCAGCUGCAGCCAGAGCAAGCCAGGCCUCAUGGCUUACCUUCCCCAGCAGAUGCCGCCUCUGAGUAAUGAGCAGAAUCCUUUGUUUAUGAUGAAACCAAAGCCAGGAAAUAUGCCCUUCCGAUCUAUGGUUCCACCCAGCCAGGAGCAGAACCCCUCCAGCGUCCCUGUGCCGGCCCAGGCCCCCAGCGUCGGGAGCCAGCAGCCUGCCGUGUCUGUGGCCAGCACCCACAGCAGCUCCCAGUACCUCAGCAGCCAGCAGGCCGCUGUCAUGAAGCAGCAUCAGCUGCUUUUGGACCAGCAGAAGCAGAGGGAGCAGCAGCAGAAGCAUCUGCAACAGCAGCAGCAGUUCCUACAAAGGCAACAGCAUCUUCUGGCAGAGCAAGAAAAGCAGCAGUUUCAGCGCCAUCUGACCCGCCCGCCACCCCAGUACCAAGACCCAAACCAGAGCCCUUUCCCACAGCAAGUUGGACAGUUCACAGGGUCCUCCGUAGCCACGCCGGGCAUGAGCAACCUGGGUCCGUCCAACUCUCGCUGCCCUCGAGUGUUCCCGCAAGCUGGGAAUCUGAUGUCAAUGGGUGCUGGACACACCUCCGUGUCCUCUCUCCCCUCCAGCCAAGGCCAGCAGGAGCGAGGGGUGGCCCCCUUUGCCAGCUCGCAGGGCAUGCCUCCCAGCAGUCUGUAUGGCGUGGCCUCUGGCAUCACACCGAUUGUCACCCCAGCCCCUCCCCAAGCCUCCAACGGCCACAGCCACAUGGCCCGGCAGACAGCCAUCGGCCCGAGUGCUUCCGUGUCAGCCGCCUAUGGACAGAACUCUCUGGGCAGCUCUGGCCUCUCGCAGCAGCACGGUAAGGGAAGCCUGAACUCUGGCUUGAGCAAGCCUCAGGUCCCCCGGGUGUCGGCAGCCAUGGGAGGCCAGAAUGCCUCUUGGCAGCAUCAGGGAAUGCCGAGUCUGAGCAGCCAGAGCCCAGCCAACAGUACGGUUGGCCCCUUCCCGGCGGCCUCCAGUUUCCAUAUGCAGCAGGCCCACCUGAAGAUGUCCAGCCCGCAGUUCUCCCAGGCGAUGGCCAACAGGCCUGCAGCCCCCAUGAACUCCACAGCAGCCACAGGCGCCAUUCUGCCAACUGUGAGUGCACAGCCCAGGACCAGUGCCGCCGCCCCACCACCAGCGGCCCAGCAGCAGGCCAUGCCGGGCCUGAGCCCUGCGGCACCUGAGCUCGGGGGCUUCAGCCAGAGCCCCGCCUCCCAAAUGGGCGGCCGGGCAGGCCUACAUUGCACCCAGACCUACCCCAUGCGGACCGCAGGCCAGGAGCUGCCCUUUGCCUACAGCGGACAGCCAGGUGGCAAUGGGCUGUCCAGUGUGGCUGGACACACUGACCUCAUCGACUCCCUGCUGAAGAAUAGGACUUCAGAGGAGUGGAUGAAUGAUUUGGAUGACCUUUUAGGGGCUCAGUAGGGAGAGAUUGGUUAUGUUUUUAAGAUCUAUAUCCUAUAUUUUUGUUCUCAGAUUUAAGAAAGAGCAACUACUUUGGACCAAAAGUGCAUGGCCCAGGAUGCUGGGUAGGAAGAGCCUGGGCCUGGCUAAGGGCCUUGCCCUGUCAGGGUGUGCAAGGCUCCUGGGUCAGCAGUGUAGCCCCUGGGGCUAGUCCCUGCCCAUAUGCUGGCAACAGGUCCCUUGUUGCCUCUCACGGCGGUUCUCUAAGUGACCAAAAGCCCACAGCAGGAGCAGUGUGGCCCGGGGAAGAGGCCUGUGGGACUGCACUCCUCAGUGCUCGCUUCCUUUCAGCUCUGCACCUGCCCCAGCGCUGUGCACAAGUGUUUGUGGAAACUUUAUAUACCAUAAUUAUUUUGCAACUUAUAGCAUAGAAAAUAUAUAUUUGUAAUGUUAGAAAGGUUUGUAAACAGCUUAGGAGUGGUGAGCAGCCUUGGGAACAUGUGGAUUCCUCCUCUCUGUCAGCUCUCGGGAGGAGAGUGGGUGCUGGGGCUCGCCAGCAGCGCUGGGCAGUGCCUACUGCCCUCUGGAAGUGGCUCAGCGUGUGAGGGCUGUGCCCUCCAGACGUGUGCAGCAGCUUCCCUGCACCUCUGCGUGUCCCAUGACCUUUUCGUCUGCCUCCUUCCGCUCUUCCGCUCUCCAGCCAAAGUGGGAAAGAGUGCUUUCUGUUGGAGGGGAUAGAGCUGGCCAGGUUCCUUGGAGAGCUGGCUGCAGGAGGCCACGGCCUGGGGGAGGGAGCCCCGCUCCGCCCAGGGCCUCUGCGCCCCGCACCAUGACUUGCACUUUCACAGAGAUCGCUUUAUAACACUAACACGCCCUGAGAUGCAGGUGGGUCUUGAUGUUUAUUAGUUCUAUGAGUUGAUGGACUUGACUGAGCUGAGAGGCAGGUAGAGGUGCACACACAGGGCCGGGAGAGGCCACGCCUCACUUUCCCUGUCCCUGGAGCCUGAACGCGGCUCUGUCUAGAAAUGUCACAUGAAAGAACUAAGCCAGGAGAAACACGGCCAGCCUGCAGGGUCUGGAAGGGCCUUGCCCACUUGCCCAUUUGUUGUCUUGCACCACAGUGCCUUGUUUCUGGGGGUGCUCAGGCCCUCAGAUCCCAGAUAGCCAUUUGCCAGCACAGGUGGAGUAGGGGCUGUUUCCCCUCUGACAGCCUCCCUGCCUUGCCCCAUCAGCUUAGCUCUCCAAAACCCCUGUUCUACCCACCACGCAGGCUGGCCAAUCAGAAGGUGAGGACGGUGUGUCUGCAGGUUUUCUACCAAAAAACAGGGCUGGAGGCCGGCCUGGCCCUCUGCCGUGCCCCCAGGGCCGCGGCCCUGCUGCCAGCCUGGCCCUCGCCCUCUGCCUUAUUGCCGGGGUUGCCACACAGACAGGGGCAUCUCAUUGCUGCAGUGUCCUAGCAAUAAAAUGUGACUCUUAGUCGCGCCCAGGGAGCUUCCCGUGGCUUUAUUUAUGAAUCUGGUUUUGGGAGCCAUGGGAGAGCUGACAUCCAGCACCCCCUUCCCCAGAGCCACGACUCAGAAGAAAAGGGUGCUCGGACUUCCUACACAUUCGCUUUGUGUAAAUAAAUGUUUACAGUUUUAUAUGGAAGAUGGAAUGAGCGUUAGAGCUGCCGACUGUAUAUUUUUUACUUUUAUAGAUUUAAAAAAAAACUAUCAUCCUUUAUAUAUGUGUCUUGGGGGGAGCUGUGAUAAGUUUUAUGGCAAACAGUUGGUAUUGUUAACUUUUUAUUGUCAUCAAAAGUACAUGAAAAUCCUAUUAAUCCCGUUAUUCUUCUACUGCCCUUAACCCAGGUAUACACCAAAAAAAGAAAUCUUUUCUUUUUCUUUGUUUUAUCAUUAUAAAAAUAAUAAAAGUAUUUUGUUAGUA